AUGCCACAGUCACUUUGGCCGCUUGCUGUCUCUGUGACAUGCCUACUUGUCGUGGCAGGAUGCGUCAGCGGCGAGCGAAAACCGCUCCGCUCCGCCGUUCUUCUGGACCUUCGAAGCACGAAGAUGACGGAAGCGGCACUGGGAGCGGCAAUCGACAAAUACGUCGCAAACUCCAGUGGGGCUGUCGCCGAGGUUUUUUCGCAAAGGCCCCUCAUCCUUAAUUCGAAUGGAAGCCUGCUAUCCGCCCUGGUGGAAGUGGAGAAACUAUUGUCCGAUGAAAAGUCAUUUAUAGAUGUUCUCUUCCUUGCGGAAACCGCAGACGUCUCCGUUGGCGUCAGUGACGCCUUGAAACGAAGCGGCAAGGCCCAUUCUCUCACAAUUCUCUCGGCACAUACGUCAAACCCUAAAUUGUGUGAUGUGGAGGCUAAUCCCAACACGCUGUGCCUUGUGCCGCGAGAUUCCGUGAACGUGCGCGGUGUAUUAGAGACCGUCUCCUCUGAGCUAGCGUGGGACUCCGUCGCCGUUGUAUUUGGCAGUGAUGCGUACGGAACGGGUGUGGAAUCUGUUUUGGACACUCAAGUCGCACUUGCGCGUUCGGCCCCAACCGUUGUCGCGAAGGUGUUUAUUAAAGCCAGUGGGACUGCGGAUGACGAUGACAAUGUCAUACGCAAGGUGCUUGAGUACCGUUCGGCUGGCAUUCUUUGCUUCGUGGGUGAGGCCGGGUUUGUGCGUCUUCGUUCCGCGAUUGCGCGUCUUGGAAAAGAGGAUGAGCUCUUUUUGCUCGGAUCGCACGAGGCAGUUAACGUGCUUGGCGUUUUGCAAGCCUCGCCGCACGCCCUUGGGAAGCUUUGGGGGGCGCUCUUUGUGCCGCGGUACACCUCCGUUGCAAACCUCGUCUCACAUGCCUAUUUUGAUCUCCAGCACCUUGACGACCACGGUGCGUUUGUGGUGAGUCAUUUGUUUGACGCUAUGCAGGCCGUGGCGCUGGCGGCUGACACUUCAGCCACCGCAAUCCGGUUGGGGCGCUUUGACGGAUUUACCGGCACUGUCGCCUUUGACGCGAUAACAGGUCAACGCGAGGAGAUUGUCUAUUCUCUCCUGAGCAAGACUUACACCGCAGAUCGGCCACUCAUCACAUGGAGUCGUAAUUCCAGUGCAUCCAAGCCGGUCAUCAGAAACUUCAAUCCGCCGGAAACAAAAGCCAUCAUUUCGUCAUCACCUCUGCGUGCGGUGACGGUCUGCAUGGCUGCUGCGCCUAGUUGUUCUGAGGCAGAGUCUAUUAACGCCAUGACGUACGUAUUCUUGCACCAGAACAACAAGACGAGUUCCGUGAAAGGGGCGACGACGUUCAUUCCCUUGCUGCUUAAUACAGGUCUGAGCGGGGUGGAGGGGUUGGCGUCGUUGAUACCAGUGGCGCGUUCCUGCUCUGUGCUUCUGGGACCCGGACGCAGCCGCGUCGCACUGGCGCUCACGCCGGUGGUUAACCAAUUUGCCAUCACUCAGCUUGACUACAACACGGCGGAGGGGCUCUUUUCGGACCGGAUACUGUAUCCGUAUUUCUCUCGCUCCACCCCGCAGAAUGAGUUUAAUUACAUGACCUACGGGGAGGUGUGCGCCUAUUUUGGCUGGGAGCGGGUGGUACUUGUGGGAAUCAAUGACCAGUUUGGAAAUGCCCGUGUGGAGUCGAUGCAGAAGUCUAUGCGGCAGCGGAAUAUUCACGUGGAACAGUCUCACAUGAUUUCAACCACUGACAGGGAGCACCUCGUGGGCGUCAUGGAUACCAUUUACAAGAAGGAUAUUGCCCGUGUUAUUAUUGUGCUUUUGCCCCUCUACGGUGAUGACGCGAAGUUAUUCUUUAACCUCUUCACGGAGCUAGGUUACAUGAAGAAAUAUAUCUUUUUUCUGGGGAACGAGCUCUGCCAAUAUGCUGCAUCCCACCCAGACGACCGAAAUAAGGCUCAGAGCUCUUUCUGUGUCUUUCCAUACGUGUUACCGCGCUUGCUGGAGGGCAUCAAUACCGAAGCUGCACAAAGUGGUCUCCAGAAGGAACAGGUGCGGCUCCUGUCGCAAGGCGGCUUUGCCGCGGAAGUGGAUCGCUGUAGCCUCACCACCAUUCGCAACGGGGACGCGUUUGCGGUUGACGCGGCGUAUACUGUUAUUGACAGCGUCAAUCGAGCCGUGAAUGCAGGUGUGAGCCUUAACCGUAGCGCCAACCUUAUUCAGUUUGUUCGAGCGACCUCGCUAGGUGGUUUGACAGGAAACUUUACCAUUGACAAGACAGGGAAUCGUGACGUGGCGUCGUUUGGCCUCGACAUUCAAAUGUUGAAUCGCACCCUUUUCCUCGGAAGCUGGAACAGCAGGCAGUCGCCAUCGUUUCGCUACAAAGCCACUGAGCCUAUUGUCUGGAUGACUGGCAGCACAGAGACCCCGGCAGACACCUUUCGCGAUAUUCAAUUCAUUCUGGGCACAACGGUCUCGGCGAGCCCAGGCGCCAUUGUUCUCUCGGUGUUGGGAUUUGUUGGCACCGUCGCAGUCUUUGCCUUCUGCUACCGCCACUACAAGCUGCAGAAACUUGUGGAACUUAGCCUUCAGAGCAAUUGCGUUCCCGUUACGGAGGAGGAGAUGCGGCGGCUGCGAGGGAGACGUUCACUGGAGCCUGGAGCCUAG